UUGUUGACAGGUAUCACCAAUCCAAUCACUAACAAAGGUUUGUGUUUGACAAUUUUCUAUGGCCACGCUUGAUGCAAAUUUGUGUGCGCAAUAGAUUUAAUUGUGAUCGAGGAAGAGUCGGGCAUAUCUUCAUAAUACCCCUUGAUUUUGGAAAAUUGUUAAAAAGAUUUUGACUUGAAAAUAAUACAAAGCUUCUGACAUAAUCUAAGGAAAAAUGACUUUGGGUACUUACAACAGACAUCAAGCAGAGCGCAAAAAGCAAGCAGCUUUGGCGGCUGCUUUUCCCCAAGGGAUACGCUGUCAGAAAUGUCUGGAAUAUGGACACUGGAGCUACGAAUGCAAGGGCAAACGUAAGAUACCAGUGCGUCCGUCUCGGUCUCAGAUCUUAAAGAAGAAUUUGAAAGCCAAGCAAGAGAAUGAGUGCAGCAAUGGAAAGUGCAAGAUACCAAACAAAAAGAAGCGCACAAACUCAGAUUGCUCGGACUGUUCCGAUAGCAGCUCAUCUGGCAGUUCUUCAGAAUCGUCUUCAGGUAGCUCAAGCUCCUCAAACAGCGACAGCAGCAGCGACUCUGAGAGCGACAGCAGCAGCAGCGGAUCCGAGUCAUGUAGCGACUGUUAAGUUGUGUCUUUGUUGGAAUUUUCUCAUUUAGAUUUAUUUUUAUGCAUUUGAAGUUUAAUUUUCAAUUUUUUUAAUGAAUAUAUUUAUAAUUUAUAACAAACUUUCUCUCUAUAAUCUUUUUUUUUUUAAUUUUAUUUUCUUUUUCUAUCUAUAUUUCAAUAUAUUGUUUCUUGAUUGAAAUGUAAUGGGAUAGUUCCAGUUUGCCAGUAUGUUUAAUAUAUGAUGCUGGUCAUUGAAAAUAAUAAUAAUAGGAUAAGUUAAAUUUCUGUCUAUAUAUUCCUUAUUAAUCAUACUGGUGUGAAUUUCUUAUUUUUAUUUUUUAUUUGUAUUAUUUCAUUGUUACCUGAUUGCUGAUAAACAAUUAAGACUUGUGUUAAAGAAUAAUCUAUGACUUAGUUUAUCUUAAUUAUAUUAGGCUUGUAAAAAUUGUUGUAAGUUAUUCUAUUUAUUGUUUAUUGGUAAUGAAGGUCAUUUUAAUUUUAUUUAAAGAAAAAUAUAGAUUAUUGAUUUGUGUGAUUCUACGAUCUUAGUGUUAAUGUUUUAACAAUGUGACUCUAGACAUAGUUUUAAAAGCUGUAAAAACAUGCUCUUAUUGUAGUUUUAAAAACGUAACGUAUUGUAGUAGAUUGAGUAUUUCUCUAUUUUACUAUUUUAUAUUAAGACUGUAUGUAAAAUGUUUUCUGGAGUUAAAUUGUUAUUAUUUAAUUAGCAAAGUAUGAAAUUCGAAUUAAAUAUGAAUAAAACAAUUUCAGUAAGGUAAUGCAUAUUUUAUUCAGUUAAUGACAAAAAAAAAUCAAUUUAAUUUGAACCGGCAAAUGGGUUACAUUACAGAAUACUUAACAACUUUGUACUUAAAUUUAAGGCACAUAUUCUAUUAACAAUAAUUGUGUGUAAUUAGGUGGGUAUAUUUAACACAUUUUAUGAAAACAAGCUUAUAAAAGUACAUGUUUUACAAUCACAGAUAAAUAGUUUUGACUGUAGCACUUCGCAUAGUAUUUGUUUAUUUAUAUUUAUAAUCAGCAGUCAUUGUACUUAAUUUUAAUUAAAUGAAAUGAAUUUUACGUAAUAAUAUACUUAAUUAUAAAAAAUUAUUUCAAUUUAAAACAAUUGUCAUCUUAUAUUAUUAAGGAAAUAGAUUUUACUGAAGACACAUUU